UACUAUAUUGAAUGAUCAUGCUUUUGAGAUUGUCAAAAUGGACAAGACCAGAUUUAGAGCAAUCUGCAAGACUGCUGCUAGUGGUUGCAAUUGGAAGUUUGUUGCAUCUACAAGCAAGAAGUAUAUUGGCUGCAAGGUUAAGACAAGUGGUUCAAACCAUACUUGUGGUUCAGUCAACAAUUGUGGCGGAACAAUGGCCACAAAUAAAUGGGUUGCUGAUAGAGUGGUGGAUUUGUUGAGAGAUAAUCUUGAAAUGGGCCCAAGGGAGUUGCAAGAAAGGCUCAAUAAGAAGUACUCUAUGAAAAUACCUUAUUAUAGAGUUGUCAGAGGCAAGAAUAGAGCACUAGACAUGAUAUAUGGAAAGUGGGCUGAUAGUUAUGACUUGCUACCAACAUAUCAAGCUAAGUUGUUGAGAUCAAUACCUGACAGCAUUAUUGAGCUAGACACUGAGGAGCACAAUGGUCAAGUGUGCUUCAUGAGCUUCUUUGUGGCUCUUAAACCAUGCAUUGAUGGAUUUUUGCAAGGAUGCAGAUCCUACAUUGCCAUGGAUGCUACUCACUUGACAGGAAGGUCAAGAGGCCAGUUGGCUGCAGCUGUGGCAGUUGAUGGCCAUAAUUGGCUUUUUCUAGUGGCAUAUGGAGUGAUUGAGACCGAGUCCAAGGAAAGCUAGACUUGGUUCAUCAAUAACUUAAAGAAAGCAAUUGGUACUCCUACAGGUAGGCAAAGAUUGCAUCUUUUAGUUUGGCAA